AUGGUACUCCCCCUACUCCUUUCUGACCCGAGUACUAGUCUGCGCUAUGGCGACAUUGGAAAGACUGUUCUUCACUGCCUUCAUGUCAUCCAUUCCAUGGAGCGCGCCAUGUCCAUUUUCUUGGAGGCAGUAACAUAUGAGAGUCUUAGACUUGACGACUGUUCUCCUCCUCCGACGUUCUCUUUCUCUGCAUUCGAUGCGCACGUUGGAGACUGCGCGUGCCAAACGCGCGCACAAAUGUUCUGGGAUCUUUUCAGCUUGUACAAGGUAGAAGAAAACAAACGCGCCCUUGCCAACGCCAUCACGGUCCUCAAAUCCGUCAAGUCGAACACCGUUAAACUCCUUGAAGAGAUAGAGCUGAACCGCGCAAAGCCACGCAGCCCUAGUCUGAUGACACUCACUACUCACCAGGCUGUUUGGAAGCGUAUCGGCUUUCUCUCUUUUCUGGAUCUCUCUACAAAGGAUCCUGAAGAGUGUAUCAAGCCGUGUCAUGAUGCGGCCCUCAGAGGCGGUGCUCGAUCCGGUCAUCGACAUCGGGACAUAGUAGUCGAUACAGAAUGGAAACCAGACGACAUCGUCUUUGUUUCUCGGCUACUUACGAUGUGCAACAUGCUGUCCGAAUUUCGAUUCGCAAGCAUUGAAGCAGGCCCGCCAGCUCGAGUCAAAGUCCGCGUAGACCUCCCGCUCAUGUACGAGAGAAACGCAAGAGAGCUGGACGACCUGAACGUCUGCAAUAAGCGCCGAAUCGACUUCCACAUCCAGUCCCUUUCAAAGACGAAUCGGCAGACGGAGGCCAUGCAGAUAUACGUAUCUAGAGUGACGGCAGAUUGGGUGCGGAAAGCCGCCAUCACCGGGAGCGGCUCGUGGAGAUGCUUCCCAGAUAGCUUCUUUGCGACAAACGAUCGAAAGAUUACGUGUGUUGCCGCAUAUGCUUCUUUCCUGGUUGUUCGGGAGGCGUGGUUGAAGUCGAGGAUACCCAUCUUGAUGAUGGUGCAGCACUUCUGUUCUCACGGGGGGUAUCGGAACUUGUACUGCCGCAUUGUGCCCAACCCAGCGGCUGAUAUGACUGCAAAAGAUUAUUCGGCCCUCGGCGACGUUCAAUGGUUCGACAUCGAAGUGCUCACCGUCGACCAAAUCGCAUCUGCACCAUGGAACAAGACCCCACAUACCAUUAUAAUCGGCAUGUCAUGCCAAGGCACCAUCGAAGACUUCAGAUUACGCCUGUUGGAGAGCCAGCAGGGUCUACUACCCGCCCACCAUCGCUGUGGCCAAGUCGACGAAUGCGCGCUGGCCAUCGAAUGCACCAAUAUCUCGCAUUUGGUCUCUCACUUCUUUUCUCAGCACGAGCAGUUCCCGUUCGUGCUUCCUGGGGGUGAAGAUGAGAUUGAACGGGUUGGAAGUGCGUUGGAGUGCUCCCUUGGACCAGACGCGAAACAUGCCUUUGCUAUGGGCCGUGUUGGGGCGGAGAAGUUUGGGACUGGGAGGUCAGCCCGACUCGCCACAAUCGAACAUAUCUUUUUGGAAUAUCCAUGUGUAUUUGCGAAUGAUAUGAAAAAGGUCGGAGAAAAACCACAGGUUCUCGGAUGUCAGCUGGAGUAA